AUGAAGUUGCUUUAUACCAUUGCAUUGGCCAUGGGGGCUAGUGCUGCUAUUAUUGAAUCAAUAUCAAUCCCAACAGUGACCCCAGCUCCAAAAUUAAAUAAACGUUAUAAGAAAGUUAGAGUACCUGAUUCAACAACAAGUUCAUCAACUACAGAGAUCCCAAAACCAUGGGUUCGUACCAUAUAUUCAUCUGUUAGAGAAAUUGUUACACCAACUGUGAUAGAAGGUGUUACAUUUAGUGGUAAACCUUCUACUGAAACUGAUAAAGCUUUACCUUGGAUUUCAUUAAAUGGUGAUGGUUCUCCAAAAACUAUAAAACCACAAAUUAAAAAUGGUCAAACUAAAAAAGCUUCACCAGAUUAUUCAACUUAUUUCCAAACUGCCACUACGGUGACAUAUAAUUAUGAAGAUUUAAAAGCUCAUAAUAUGGAUCCUGAUACUAUUCAUGAAGAAGUUGAAUGGAUCCCAGAAGAUCAAACUUAUGUUUCAUUAAAUCCAUUGAUUAGAUGUACACCUGAUCGUUAUUAUAAAAAAGGUCUAGCUAAAAAUAUUGAAAGUGCACCAUUUUGUACUCCAAAAGAAGGUUCACAAUUAAAAUUAGGUAAAACUUAUUUUAUAACUUGGUUUUCAAGAUUUUAUCCAAAUUCAGUGGAAAAAGUUCGUAUUCAUUUAAGUUAUGUUAAAGAAUCAAUUAGAGAUAAAGGUAUGCAUAAAAGAGAUGUUGAAUCUGCAUUUUUCACUUCUGAAUGGAUUGAAAAUAUAGAUGGUUAUUAUCCUUUAGAAAUUCAAGAAGAUUGGUUAUUAGGUAAAUUUGAACAACAAGUUGGUAUUUCAAUUCAACCAGAAUCUAUUCCAGAUGAUGAAUUUAAUUUAUUAAAAGAUGCAACUGUUUUUAAAAUUCUAAAAGGUCCAAAAGUUGCUAAGAAAAAUAAAGAAACAAGAAAAUUAGAAGAUGAAGGUAUUUCUGAUGAUUCAGCUUAUUAUAUAAUGAUGUCAAUUCCAUCAGUUGUAGCAGUUGCUGCAAUUGGGAUGUAUAUUUUCGUUUGGAUUACUGGUAAUGAUCGUGAUAUUACCAAGAUUAAACAAAAAGCUUUAUCUAAAAGACGUGGUAUAUUGGGGAAAUUUAAAGGUAAUAAAAAUAAUAGAAAAUAUUCAGAAUUACCACAAAAUAAAGAUGAUAUUAAAACAUCAUGA